AAAGGAGGGGCAUUUCCAUUGGGUCUAGCCAAAUUUAUAGCAUCAACGAAACGCAAGGACGCACAAGGAAGUGGUUUCGUUUUCAGGAAACUUAACAAUACUUUUAGUCGACAAUGGAGCGGAUACCAGGUUUACGGUUUUACUUUGGCGUUUUCCUUCUAAACUGUAUUUCUAUGGCAGCGCAAGGGCUCAAUCUUCACUGCGACAACGACUUCGACAGGCUGAUGAUGUGUGCGUUCAAUCCCCCGCCCGACGAUCCGAGCUGCGCUGAGUACACACUCAACACCCGAGUGGAAGGCACACAAAGAUACACUGAGAGGAGUUGCAAUUUAACACCGGACCCAGUUCGGACGGGAAGGUGCAGUUGCUCGUUGGACAUCAAUGGGUUUAAUGUGGCGGACAUUUACAAUACAACGCUGCAGAAAGCUGGGGCUCUAGUGGAGUUCAAAAACAUCUCAGCUUACGACAACAUAAAACCCAAAGCCCCAUGUAUCACUUCGGUGACAAGAGAAAAUGAGAAUUAUCUGGUGAUGUGGGACACAAAAUACGAAAAAAAAAAAACCUUCAAGCUGACGGUGUUGCUGAACUACUGCAAAAAAGGAGAGAACGGCACGAAAGUGAACGUUUCGUCCAUGGAGUCUUAUGAGAUUUUGGGCAAGUCCCUGGAGCCGAGUACAGAGUACCUGGUCAGCGUGCAGAGCUACUCUGCGUUCUACAGUGAAAGAAGUGGAGACCUGACAUUCACCACCCCUGUGUCACCUACCACCAUUGCGGUUGCGGUCAUUGUGAGUCUGUGUGUUGCUGCUUAUAUCAUCACCAGUUUCCUGUAUCUAUUCUGCACACGGUUGAAGGAGAGUUGGUGGGAUAGCGUUGGCGACUAUAAAAACUCAACUUUGUUAUUCAUGGUCCCAGGAGAUCACAAGGUGCUUACGCCGCAGGAAACUACCCUGGACUCUGUCUAUGUUGAGGCCUGCAAAGAGGACGAAUUUGACGAAAAACCAUUGGACAGCGGUGGUAAUUCCCUUCAAAGUACCGGAGCUGAAAGCGUGUCCUCGUCUCUGGAUGACUCGCAGAAGGUCUCCAUUGACCUAAUCUCCGAUGUGGAGGAAGCCAUGCGUAUGGCCUUCCCCCAGCUCUCCACAGCUCCCUGCCACAUCGUUGCCCACAGCAACACUGGUUACAAUCCAAUCGCUGGGACCUCCAGCCCCUCCGUUUUUGAGAACAUGACAUAUUCCAUGUCUUCUUCUGGGACCCAGGGGUUAUACGCUGCCAACCCGCCUGCUGUACUUAGUGAGUCCUUCUACAAACCCAGAAUGUUGUGGGGUGGGGUACACAACCCUUUUCCAGAUUCUCAGGUGCCUUUUUUCCAGCUGACUGGACAGAGGCAGCCUUUCGAUCCAUCCCAUAUGAAAACUGACCUUUCCUAUCAGUCGCGGAACACUGAAUCGGGGAGCCUAUCCCAAUCAGAGGCUCUGCAGGUAGACCUCUCGUAUAGCUGUUCUCCGGGUGACACCACUUCUUCCUCCGACCUGCAUGGCUUUGGCUCCUCUCAGUCUGGUGACAACUUGAAAGAGUCACUCCUAGUUGGAGAAGGUGACCGGUCCAGCAUGAUGGAACGUGUUUCCGUUGAGGAGAAACCGUCAUUCAACGUCUGGGUUUCAAAUCCUUCUGAGGCGUCCUGCCCUUCCCCUGCAUGCAGCCUUGUUUCCUUGGACGAUGACUUUCAAGAAUUCCAAAGUAUGAUGAAGCGACCAGGAGUGCUCAUUCCAACGGCAAACGACAGUAGGCCCAGAGGUCGGCCGGACAAGCUUCCUGAGACUCCCUACUCUGGAAUGCCUCAAAGAACCAUAGAGGGAGCAAGCACCUUAACCCAAACAACACAAGCAGCCCAGGGUAUUCUGGACACUCAAGGCAACAAGGUGUCUCUUCUGUCUGUGGAUCAGCACAAGCUAAUCAUUAUCAGUGAUUAUCAUAGUGUUUAAUUAGGUCUGAGACCGUCGACUUAAUGGACACUAAGAGCCUCAAUGUAAAGAGAUUUAAGUUGUAUUGAAUUGAGAGCAAGGGCACAAAGCGUGGACCAAUGAACUCAAUGGUUAUAACAUGGAACCCGUGGUUAUGUUCAUUUAUAUAUGUAAUAUAAAGUAUGUGACACAAAGUAAACACAUUUUGUGUGUGUUUACUUUUGUGUCAGAGUAGAGAUGGUUGUGUCAGAGUAAAGAUGGUUGGUUUUUGUACAGUGGACAAAACAUUUCAUGGACUUUUAUAAAUAUAAAGCACUUUCAUAUUAUAUUUUUAACUUGGAAUGUUAUAAUAAUGAUCUUAUAAUGUUAUAAACGAGAAAUAAAACGUGUACUGUAACUUUUCAUUCAAAAAGUAAAGAUGGAACAAGAUGGAACCAUUGGGUGACAAGAUGCAACAGGUGCAUAAAUGCACUGUUUGCCUUUGAUGAUGAUGUUAAUCAUGUCAAUUCUAACCCUCUCUUUUGCACGGUAUAAUAAGUAUCUCUUUGCUUGCAUCGAGCUCCUUCGAGAACACGCAAAGCAUUGUUUAUGCAAACAGUUUUCAACGUAUAUACCUGGUCAAUCUAUGCAACACGAGCUAUUAAACCAAAUGUACACUAGAGGGUGAUUUAACAUUCUAGAAAAUAUAAACAGUGUUGAGCUCCCUCAACUGGACAUGGAGUGUAUGUUCUCUAGAGUUUUGUAGACGUGUGCUGUUGAAUUUGUUUGGUCUUAUAUUCAAUUUCAAUUAAAUAUCUACAAUAAAAAACUAUUAUAGUAAUCCAAA